UGCUCUCUUCAUUUCAACAAACACCGGGUUUUCGGCAAACUCUAUUUUUUAUUCUCCUCCUGCUAAUUCUAUUUGCAAGCAUGAAAGACUAAUAGAUGGAUAUUCUUCGUUUUUCCAUACCGUAUUUCAUUUCAAUCUGUAUGUUUGCACUAGAAGUAUGCAAGUCAGUUGACGCGUUAAGCUCAUCUGAGCCAAUUCGAGAUGGCGAUACCCUAGUGUCUGCAGGAGAAAAGUUUCAGCUAGGAUUCUUCAGCCCUGGACACUCCAGCAACAGAUACCUCGCAAUAUGGUACCACAACAUCCCGAAUAAGACCAUUGUUUGGGUGGCAAAUAGAGAUAAUCCGGUGAAUGGUUCGUCAGGGGUUCUGAGGAUAGGAAACGAAGGGAAACUAGUCCUUGUUGACCAAGCAGAAAGAGUCUUGUGGUCGUCGAAUAACAUGAAUACUUCUUCGCAAAGCAUAGUUGCUCAGCUCCUGGAUUCUGGAAACCUUGUUUUGAAAGAUGACAGCGAAAAUGUCUCCGGAAACUAUCUUUGGCAGAGUUUCGAUAACCCCUCUGACACAACAUUGCCAGGCAUGAAGCUCGGGUGGGACCUGAGAACAGGGUUGGACCGGCACAUGACAUCCUGGAAGAGUGCAGAGGAUCCCUCAACUGGAGACUUCACCUAUGGUGUCGAUCUUGGAGGAAACAUUCCCCAACUAGUACUCCGUAAGGGACAUACCAAGUACUUCCGAACUGGGCCUUGGAAUGGAAUUCAGUUCAGCGGGGCUCGGAUUGCUCCUAAUUUGAUAUUCAUCCCCAAGUUCGUCGACAAUUCUCAGGAGGUCUACUACACGUUCAAUGCUUUCAAUGAAUCCACAAUCACGAGGUUUGUAUUAAACGUUUUUGGGAACCUCCAAAGGUACAUGUGGAAUGAGAAAACUCAGGAGUGGACCCUGAUCUAUAUGUUUCCGCAUGAUGCCUGUGAUGUCUAUGCGAAUUGUGGACCCAAUAGCAUGUGCACGAUCAGCAAUCCUCAAAUUUGUAGCUGCAUGAUUGGGUAUCAACCGAAGUCACAGGCAGAGUGGGAUUCGCUUGUGUGGACUAGCGGGUGUGUCAGUAAGAACCCAUUUAAUUGUUCUAGAGGAGAAGGUUUUAAGAGGCUCAAAGGUGUGAAAAUUCCUGAUUUGUUGCAGUUCAGGAUGAAUACUAGCAUGACCCUGAAGGAAUGUGAAUUAAAGUGCUUCCAGAACUGCUCUUGCAGGGCCUACGCAAACGUAGACGCCACCGGAGGUGCAAAAGGCUGUCUCCUAUGGUUUGGAGAUCUCAUUGAUGUCAGAAAACUCAUCGAAUAUGCAAAUCAAGAUCUUUUUAUUCGUGUUUCAGCCGCAGACCUGGGUAAUUCGGCGAAUUCCAAGUGGAAAGUAUGGGUGCCAGUGGCAAUUUCCUCUGCAAUUGUGAUGCUUUUAGUGGUGCUUUACAUCUGCAUUUUUUGGAAGAGGAAAAAAAGUGCUCAAGGUAUAAGACUGGACUUUCAAGCUGAAGAUGACACUAGCUUACAGCUUCCGAUCUUUGAUAUGGUCACCAUCUUACGAGCAACUAACAACUUUUGUGAUUCAAAUAAGUUAGGAGAAGGAGGUUUUGGCCCCGUAUACAAGGGUCAGCUGCCAAAUGGACAAGAAAUAGCAGUCAAGAGAUUGUCAGAGGACUCUCGGCAAGGUCUUAACGAAUUCAAGAAUGAGGUCAUGUUAAUCGCGAAGCUUCAGCACCGAAAUCUUGUCAAGCUUGUGGGGUGUUGCGUUGAAGAAGAGAGGAUGCUAAUCUAUGAAUACAUGCCUAAUGGAAGCCUAGACACUACCAUAUUUGGUAAGACGGGGGAAAAUUCUCUAGUAUGGAGAAGGCGAUUCAACAUUAUCAUAGGAAUCGUGAGGGGACUCCUUUAUCUUCAUCAAGAUUCGAGAUUGAGAAUCAUACAUAGGGAUCUCAAAGCAAGCAAUGUGUUGCUCGACAGUGAGAUUAAUCCUAAAAUAUCAGAUUUUGGGGUGGCUAGAGUCUUUGGUGGAGAUCUGUCACAGGCAAAAACAAAGAGGAUAGUCGGCACUUAUGGUUACAUGGCACCUGAAUACGCAAUAGACGGGCUUUUCUCAACAAAAUCAGAUGUUUUUAGCUUUGGAGUACUAUUGCUUGAGAUAAUAUGCGGAAAGAAGAAUAGAGAGUUCAAUCAUCCGGACCACAGCUUCAAUCUCGUCGGACAUGCCUGGAAGUUGUGGCUUGAGGGGCAAGUGAGCGACUUCAUAGAUCCACAGCUUCCGGAUUCUUUCGAUCUGUCAGAAGUUGUUAAAUGCAUUCAAAUCGGGCUAUUAUGCGUGCAACGGUGUCCUGACGAUAGACCGAAUAUGUCAUCUGUGCUUCUGAUGUUGGACAGUGAGAGCGCUUCGCUGCCACAGCCCAAGCAGCCUGGUUUCUACAUUGAGAGGAGCUCUGAAAACACAGACAUUGAAAUGAGUCGAAGAGAGUGCAACUCAAAUGAGAUUACCACGACAUUAUUAGAAGGUAGAUAGAUUUCCAAGUAUGUGUAGUCUCUUGCUUCUGCUGAGUUUUUCCAUUGUGAGAUAGCAAUGCAUCACUAACCAAGAGAUGUUCGGAGUUCGCUAGAUGUACCUAAUCAUGGAAGAUAUUGAAAUGGUGAAGUUUAACGUUGGUACGGUUCCUCCACUAGCUGAAGCAGGUUGGUGGAGAAAGACAUUUUGUAGUCAGAAAAGCAGGAAUAGCAGCCACCCCAGCCCAAACUCUGAGCAUAUACUGUGUUGGCCACAUCAA